AUAUCGUGUGUCAAACUUUUUAUGGGAUUAGAUUACAGAUACCGUCAGACUAGAUACAGUGAAAAUGUACUUUACUUUUGUUUAACUUUAUGCAAUCUUUAAUGCUAAUGAUUUAGUUUAAAUAGAAUAUUUGGCAAUUAUCUUUGCUUUGUUACUUUCUUUUUUUCAUCCUCAUUCUCAUUAUUUUUUUGGAAUGUGCACUUUUUUAUUUGUUAUGGGGAUUGUAUUUCGUAACCUAGCUCCAUGGAAGAACUGGAGUUUACCUCAAGAAAAAUGAGCACGUCAACAGAAAUGCUUGAUGAAGAUGAAUCAGGAAUAUCCAGCAAAGCAAAAACUCUAGAGAGUAUGAAAAACCAGUUGAAAGCAGAGGAAGAGAAAAUAGAUGAAUUUGCAAAUAACGACAUGAAGAAAGCUCUGCUUGGUAGCCGAAGGUCAAAGCCCAAACUUGCAUCUGCUCAGGCUGUUCUUUCAUCCAGACUAGAACCAGAGACAAUUCAAAAGGAACCAUUCAUGACUGCAACAGAAAGUCCAGAAGCCUGGGAACCUGACAGCGUGCUGAGCUGCUCGGAAAGCAACAAUGGAGAAAAAGAGAAAGACAGAAAACAUAAAAAUACAAAACGCAUUGCUGAUGAACUGUCCAGAAAGAAUAUUUGGAGAGCUGGACAGAGGGAAAGAUGGAGAGGGAAGAGAAGAGAGAGGCUGGAAGGAAUAGAAUACAUAGAAGAAGAGGACGACACUACUGAAAAAGAAAUGAACCAAGGAAUUAGAGUGAAACACAUACAAAGCCAAUGGAGAUAUAAAGAGGCGCAAGAUGAGGAAGCAGAAAAGGAUGUGACAGGACUGAGAGCGGCAGCGCAAGGAAAUAUCGAUGCGGACACAGAGAUGAGAGGAACAGUCCCUCACCGCAUAUUCUCAAAGGUUCUUGCCAACUCUUUCAACUCCUCCUCCUCCUCCUCAUCAUCAUCCUUCAACUAUUCCUCAGCAGAAAGUGAUGAGGUCUUCAGUGAAGGAGAGGAGAUGGUGAGGAGGAAAGAUGUGAGAAGGUGUCGAUCCUGGAGGACAUUUUUGACUAUGAUGCAGUGGUCAAAGCGCAGGCAGAGCUCAUGGGUGCAGCUGGCUGGACACCAAGGAAACAUCCAGCUGGGUGAAGGUGGGGAGGUUCUGAAGAGAUUCAACAAGGUGGAGGAUACCUGCCUGCAGGCACUUAUGUCUGAUCCACUCCAUCAAUUUGUGCCUCGCUAUUACGGGCACAUCAGCAGGAACGGAGACGACUACAUCCGUCUCGAGGACCUGCUGAGUGGCCUCAAGCAGCCUGUCAUCAUGGACUGCAAAAUGGGCAUCCGUACCUAUCAAGAGGAGGAGAUUGUAAAAGCAAGAACCAAAGCUAACAUUCGAACUGAUAUGUAUCAGAAGAUGGUGAAAGUAGAUCCUACAGCUCCUACAGAAGAGGAACAUGCACAGAGAGGCGUAUCAAAGCUGCGCUACAUGCAGUGGAGAGACAGCACAAGUAGUACCACGACGCUUGGAUUCCGCAUAGAAGGCAUAAUGACAGAGAAUGGGAUCGUACAUCGAGACUUUAAUAAAACUCAUAGCAAAGAACAAGUUACAGAGACCCUGCUAUUGUUUACCAACCGGCGGAUACACAUUCUAGAAGCCUAUCUGUCCAGACUGGAUGCACUGAAAAAGACAUUACAGCAGUCUGCCUUUUUCAGAUGUCAUGAGAUAAUAGGUGGCUCUCUCCUUUUCGUUCAUGAUCGGCUCACCAACAAAGCCAACAUAUGGAUGAUUGAUUUUGGGAAAACCACCCCACUGCCGAGUAAUGUGCAUCUGAAGCAUGAUGUUCCAUGGAUUGAGGGAAACCGGGAAGAUGGCUACCUAUUUGGACUUGCAUCCCUCAUCUCUUUGCUGCAUGUUGCUAUCAGGGAAGUUAGGGAAAAAAAACUAGAGAGUCAUCACUUACAGACAGAGCAUAUAGUGUCAGAAGAUAAUCAACACCAGCCUGAAAUAAAUGAGGCAUCAACAGACUUUUUAAAGGAAAUUACAGCCACCAACCAUGUGGACUGAUGAUGGACAGAAUCAUUGUAUUUAUAAAAUGUAUAUAUUUGUGUGUGUGUGUGUGUGUGUGUGUGUGUGUGUGUGUGUGUGUGUGUGUGUGUGUUUGUUUUUAUGUGUAAUUUAAACAGAAUCAAACUUUGAACACCUAGAGUUUCCUAUGUGUAUUAAAAUUUGAUUACUGCAAUGGCCACAGACCAAACACAACCAUUGAGACUAGCAAUUAAGUAAAUAAGGAAACCAAAGUCUUUGUGGAACUUUGUGGUUGCUCUCAGAUCCUAUCAGGAUUUUAAAUAAAUACCACUGUCAUACCACUA